AUGACAGCGAUAGGCCAGCUCUAUGGAGUGGACCUCAAAACAUGCACCCAGAACUCAUCCACAGCUCUGUGCAAACUGCUCUUCGGUCAUUUCAGUGGAUCUUUAAAGCGUGUGUCUGAGCCAGGCAAACAGGCCGUCAUCCCUUUGGCAAGAAGAGACAUUGAUGAGGAGCUGUUAAAUGAGUACAGCUUCAGUGUGGAUCAGUUGAUGGAGCUGGCCGGUCUGAGCUGUGCCACAGCUGUGUCAAAGGGCUAUCCUCUGCAAUCACUGCUCAAGAGUCCACCUAGGGUUCUGGUGAUCUGUGGACCAGGAAACAAUGGUGAAGAUGGGUCGGUUUGUGCUAGACAUCUCAAACUGUUUGGAUAUGAACCUUUUGUAUUGUACCCAAAGCACCCUUACAAACUGCUGUUCCAGAAACCUACCAUCCAGUGUGAGAAGAUGGAUAUAUCCUUCCUGACAGAGAUGCCUGAGGUUGAUGUGAUUGAUGAAGAGUAUAAUUUGGUUGUGGACGCCAUCUUUGGAUUCAGCUUUAAGGGUUCACUGCGAGAGCCAUUUGGCGACAUCCUCUCCCAACUAAAGAAAAUCACUGUGCCCAUUGCUAGCAUUGACAUACCUUUAGGUUGGGAUGUGGAGAACGGCUGUCCUGAUGGGAUUCAGCCUGACAUGCUCAUCUCCCUCACAGCCCCUGAGAAAGCAGCCAAUCACUUCACAGGACGCUACCACUUCCUGGGAGGACGAUUCGUUGCUCCUGCACUUGAGAAGUUCCAGCUGAAUCUGCCUCUAUACCCAGACACUGACUGUGUGUAUCAGCUGAACUGA